AUGAGCUUCACAGCCAUCGAUGAUGUGAAUGGCAACGUUGAUCAAAACAACUGCACACUUUGUAUGGAGGCUCUUGGACCAAUAUCCGACUCCGAUUGCCGUACUCUAUCAGCUCGCUGCCACACGCCAUGCCGCUAUCAUCCUUCGUCGCAGAUGGAGGAAGGUCAAGGCCAAGGUAAAGAGCUUUCACUGAGUACCGAGACGGUGGUUAUCACCGCAGGUGCAUUUCUUCGCCGGGCUACGGUCCCUCUUCACACAACAGUGGCUAAAUAUAGAUGUGCCACCGAGACAUAUGGAUGUACCGAAGUACGUGUUGGGCAAGGAGACUAUAUAUCACGCUGGCUCAAAGGUUCCAUCCUCACCUAUACAGUUGAUGCCGAGAGCUUCCCGACAAUUGCCAACGCGACAGAGGUAAAAGAAGCGAUGCAAAAAGCUACUGACGCGUGGGGGGACGUGUGGGGGAAGGUUGAUGUGAGCUUUAAGUACCUGGAAGUCGAUUACAACGGUUCAGCUACCUUCGUCGUGAGGUAUAGUCCCGGCGAAUGCGAAACUACCUAUGCCAUGGCCUUUUUCCCAGACGCAUUGCCGAGGAAAUCGCCGGCCAAAUUGUUUGUGUAUGAGCUGGGCCUCUCUAAAGGCGCUUAUCUAGCCAAUAUCUUUGCCCACGAAAUAGGCCAUAUCAUGGGGUUGCGGCAUGAGUUUGCAGAUGGAAAACACAGAGAGGGAAGAGGAUUCCACUGUGUCCUUUUUGGAAAGAAGAACCCUCUAUCAAUCAUGAGCUAUCAGGAAGAUCUGGAAAACCUGCAAGUCACAGCGCAAGAUUGCAGCGAGUUGAAAGCACUUUAUGCAUACGAGGGAGAAAAGUAUAAAGGGCUACCGAUACGUGAUUACGAUCCGAUUCUACGUCAAUGCAUUUCCCGCGAAGAGACUCGUUGCAGCCAUGCAAUGAGGAAGCCGGGUCGCAAGUUCUCUGGCCGCAGUGCGCUGAGAAAAUUGGACUCAUUUAUCUUUGCAACUUUUCACGACACCAAGCGGGCUACCAUUUAA